AUGGCGAUGUUGUCUUUACUUAUUUAUCCAUUUUCUUCGAAUCAAGAGAAUCAAACGAUGGCCACCUCGUAUGAAAAUCCACCUCGCGCUACACAGUAUCAAUCAACAAAACGGUUUGAUAAUCUUCAAGCCGAUGUGAAUCAGGUCGUUGAUGUUAUGAAAGAUAAUCUUGAUAAAGUCCUCGAACGUGAUGCAAAAUUAACCACGCUUGAAAAUCGAGCUGACGCUUUACAAACUGGUGCAUCGCAAUUUACAACCAAUGCUAGUAAAUUAAAGCGUAAAUACUGGUGGAAAAAUCUCAAAAUGUGGAUUAUUCUGAUCAUUGUUAUUAUUGUGUUGAUCAUCGUGAUUGUUGUCGCUAUUACACAAUCCGUUAAAAGCAACAAAGGUUAA